AAGCUGAGUCUUCAGUCAGGGUGAAUUCGCUGAGCCUGACUCACACUGUACUUCGUUUCACCUGUAUUUCAGUCAAUAGCCUUAAAAUGUCAAGUGAAACAAGUCAAAAACCUGAUCAGAAGCCUGCUCCAGCUCGAAACAUGCCUGUUCCAGUCAAAAACCUGGAAAUUAAAUACACUAAGAUCUUUAUAAACAAUGAAUGGCACAAUUCAUGCAGUGGAAAAAAGUUCCCUGUUUACAAUCCAGCUACAGAAGAAGUUAUCUGUGAAGUUGAAGAAGGAGACAAGGAAGAUGUUGACAAAGCAGUAAAGGCUGCCAGAGAGGCAUUCCAGCUGGGGUCCCCGUGGCGAAGAAUGGAUGCCUCAGAAAGGGGGAAACUCUUGAACAAAUUGGCUGACCUCAUGGAACGGGAUAUUUUAGUUCUAAGUACUUUGGAAUCUAUUGAUGGUGGAAAACCAUUUGCUGCAUCAUAUUUUGCUGAUUUACCAGGAGCUAUUAGAUCAUUGCGCUAUUGUGCUGGCUGGGCCGAUAAAAACACCGGUCAAACAAUACCAAUGGAUGGAGACUUUUUCACUUUUACUAGACAUGAACCUGUUGGAGUGUGUGGGCAAAUAAUCCCGUGGAAUUUUCCACUGGUAAUGUUUGCAUGGAAAAUCGCUCCUGCUCUCUGCUGUGGCAACACCAUUGUAAUCAAGCCAGCCGAGCAAACACCACUAACAGGACUGUAUAUGGGAUCACUAAUAAAAGAGGCAGGGUUUCCUCCAGGAGUAGUGAAUAUCGUUCCAGGUUAUGGACCAACAGCAGGAUCAGCCAUUUCUCAUCAUAUGGACAUUGAUAAAGUUGCUUUUACUGGCUCCACAGAGGUUGGGAAGCUGAUUAAACAAGCAGCUGGAAAGACUAAUCUUAAAAGAGUUACUCUGGAACUUGGUGGAAAAAGUCCAAACAUCAUUUUUGCAGAUGCUGAAUUGAACUGUGCAGUUGAGGUUGCCCACCAGGGCCUGUUCUAUCAUCAAGGACAAUGCUGUAUUGCUGGAUCACGGAUAUUUGUGGAAGAACCCAUAUAUGAUGAGUUUGUACGCAGGAGUGUUGAGAGAGCCAAGAAAAGGAUUCUAGGAGACACUCUUUCUCUUGGAGUAGAUCAAGGUCCACAGAUUGACAAAGAACAGUAUGAUAGAAUCCUUGAGCUAAUUGAAAGCGGCAAGAAAGAAGGAGCAAAGUUGGAAUGUGGCGGCCAUGCACGUGAAGGCAAGGGCUUCUAUAUUAUGCCCACUGUCUUCUCAGAUGUCAAAGAUGAUAUGCGCAUCGCCAAAGAAGAAAUAUUUGGACCAGUGCAACAAAUCCUUAAAUUUAAAACUAUAGAUGAAGUUAUUAAGAGGGCAAACAACACAACCUAUGGAUUAGCUGCUGGUGUUUUCACCAAAGACAUGGACAAGGCAUUGACAUUAGCUACAGCUCUUCAAGCAGGAACCGUAUGGAUCAACUGCUACAGUGCAUUGUCUCCACAAGCACCUUUUGGAGGAUUUAAGAUGUCAGGGAAUGGACGUGAAAUGGGAGAAUAUGGUCUGCAUGAAUACACAGAAGUCAAGACUGUUACCAUAAAAAUUUCCCAAAAGAAUUCCUAAAGAUUUGUACUUGAUCUUCUAAACAACGCUGGUUUCAAAGGAUCUUGUAAAUCCCUUCUCUCUGCCAGUUGUAUAUGAUGCUAAUAGAAGAACAAUAAUGUAACAUUUUGGUAGAAUAAACAUAACCAAUGUACUAUUCGGAAUAUCUGUCAUUUGUCCUAUGAUACUGGCUGCAAUGUACUUGUCUGAAAUGCAUCUGAAACAAAAUGCAGUGUACUUAACUCUAUGUAUGCAAUAUAUUGUGAUGGCUACAGUCUUAAAAUGUGAUACAUUCUCAGUGUGGUAGUUACUAGAAUACAGUAAUCAUGGUUCAAAACAUUUAGUAUUAAUUUAAACCAUACUAUCAAAUUAUAUUUUAAGAAAUAUCUUACUACAUAUAUAAAUACAUAUCUAAUACAUAGUUCACUGUUGAAAAUGCUGGAAAAUGCUUAAUAUUAAGCACCAUUUAUCACCGUCUGACAACGUAUCCCAAAUGUAUGUUUGAUGAAGAAAUUGAAAUAGAUCAGGUACCCAAAUUGUUAUAUAAAUCUAAUGGUUUAUGACUUGAUUUCCUCCUAAAAUAUAUGCAUGAUUUCAAACAGAAGGAUAAGAAUGGCAAACAAGAAGGAAUAUCCUGCAAUAGCUUAGGUAAAAUGCAUAACUAACCAUACGCUUGCUGAUUGAUAUUAUCAUCAUCCAGAUGCAACAUUAUCCCAAACAAGUCUCUUAUACCCAGAGAAUAAUCAAAAUCUUUGUUAUACUUUAAUGAAUUCUGAAUCACAGAUCUAUAGUGGGUAUUGAUUUUUCAUUAUGAAUAAAUAUAAAUUAGUGUAUGGUUUCAUUAAAUGUAUUAUGCUAAGCAGUGCUAAUAAAAAUAGUAUGUCAUUGAUUA